CCCAAUUUCGUGAAAAAAAGGGCCCGCCGGCUCUCCAUUUCCCAUAUCCCAAAGGAAAACACCAUACCAUAAAUAGCAAAUUUUCACCAAAAUUGUUUCUUCAUUGUCCGUGUCAAAAAAAAUUUGUUCCUUCAUUGCUCAAACAUAUUCUCUCUCUCUCUCUCUCUCUCUCUCUCUCUCUCUCUCUCUCUCUAGUGUUUCUCUUCUUUUCCGUUCCGUGGUUAGGUGCGUUAGAUUCGAGCGAAAGAGUGGGAGUGAGAAUGGCGGUGCCUAGGGUUUUCGUCGGAGUUCUAACCGUCUUCGCAAUCGCCGUUGCCGUAUUCUCGCGUUCCGCGGAGGCCGAGCACAUUGCCCCAGCCCCCGCUCCUGCUAGCGAUGGCACUUCUAUUGACCAGGGGAUUGCUUAUGCCUUGAUGCUUGUGGCCCUAGUUCUCACAUACCUCAUUCAUCCAUUGGAUGCCUCUUCCAACAAUUUCUUCUGAGUUGUUUCUAGGACUAAGUCAGAAUUAGAGAAGGGACGAUGAAUGGAAUGCGGGAAUGUUGGAAUUGUGUGUAUUUGCUCGUUUGGAGAAAUUAGUUCGAGCGCUACUAUUAUGGCCAGUGAUGUGGUCACUUGUUUCAUAUUUCAUUUGUGGUUGUUCUAGAUAUUCUUUUGCUGCAACAUUUCUGAUUUUGCAGUUUUCUUUCUCUGGGGAGACUAUUCAUCUUUUAGUUUCAAA